AUGGUGGAGUCCUAUGGGUCCACCGCGUCCCUCCAGCUGGCUGCUAGUUCCCAGCAGAACCACCGCCACCACGAGCCGGGCAGCCUGCACUGGGCUCGCAUCCCGGCUCAGCAGAGGAGGAAGCGCAGGGCAGGCUGGAACCCCCUGGUCUGCCGGGCACACAGUAGGUGCUCCGUAGGUAUCGGUUUGAAUAAAGGACGGCGGCACCCGGGCAGGGGCCGCUUCCGCUCCAGGACCUGCCACGCCGCCAACACCCCGCCGCCGCGGCUUGCUGGGGUGAGGGGGGCGGUUUCGGGGGGAGGGCGGGCGGUGGACCGGCUCCUCUGCGCCCUCUCGCCCUCCUUCCUUUCAACCUGGCGCGGUCUCGCCUCCCCUCGGAANUGGCCCCUGGUGACCGGCCUGUGCACCGCCCUCGUGUGCCUCUACCAUGUCCUGCGGGGAAACGGGGGCGCCCGAACCGAGCCCCCCGACGGCGCGGACGGCGGCUUCCCGCUGCUCAAGGUGGUGGUCCUCCUUCUCCUUGGCUACAUCCUCCUGCGCUGUCGCCACGCUGUCCGGCAGCGCUUUCUGCCCGGGCCUCCCCGCCUGGGGGGCCACUCCGCCUUUUCGUCUAAACACUUCCCCGAGCCCAGCCUAGACAUCUUGCUGGAGAGUUACUACGAGCACGAGGUGCGCCUGUCGCCGCACGUGCUGGGCCACAGCAAGGCCCACGUGAGCCGCAUCGUCGGCGAGCUGGUGCGGGCUGGCCGUGCCCGAGGGUCCCCAGGCCCCAUCCCCGGGGGAGCGCUGGCCUUGGCUUUCCGAGGAGACUUCAUCCAGGUAGGGAGCGCCUACGAGCAGCAUAAAAUCCGCCGGCCCGACGGCUUUGACGUGCUCGUGCCGCUGCGCCUGCCUCCCCUGGUGGCGCUGGAGCCGCGGAGCCUGGGCGCGGAGCCCGAGCUGGCUCCAGCCUUCCACGGCUGCUUCGUGUGUGCGCUCAAGGCGCCGCCAGGGGCUUCCGGCGGCCACUGGCUCCGGGACUGCAAACCCUUCUCCGACGGCUUCUGCGUGGAUGUCCGCGGGCGGCGCCUCCUCUCGGCCACGCUGGUACUGCGCUGGUUCCAGGCGCACCUGCAGCGCUCCCUGGCCACCGUGCGCUACAGCCUGGAGGGGCGUUGUCGGGUCAGUCUGACCCCGGGCGGUCUAGAGCAGCCGCCCACCCUACACAUCUUGCCCUGCCGCACCGAUUACGGCUGCUGCCGCCUUUCCAUGGCCGUGCGACUCAUCCCUGCCGUCCAUUUGGGCGACAGCGUCUUCCUGGUGGCGCCACCGCCGCCGCCCUCACCUGCCGGGCCCCUGUCGGAGCUCCCGGGAGGCCUGCGUGGCGAUGCCCUGUGGGGGGUGAACACAGCGCGCCAGGAGCAGAAGCUGCUGAGCUGGCUGCAGGAAAGGGCCCCUCCAGGUGCCUGCUACCUCAAGUGCCUGCAGUUGCUUAAAGCUCUGCGAGACCUGGGCGCCCGCGGGCUGGACCCGACGGCCGCCGCGCAGUGGGGACGCAUCCUCUCGUCGUACGUGCUCAAGUCGGCGCUGCUGGCGGUGCUGCAGCGCGAGGGGGCUCCGGCACCAGGCUGGGACGAGGCGCACCUGGGCGAGUGCCUGGAGGAGCUAGUGCAGUUCCUCCGGGACUGCCUGCUGCGACGCCGGACGCUCUUCCACUGCGUCCUGGGCCCUGGAGGGGCGGCCGCCGAGGUGGGCCCGCUACCCAAGGUACUGCGUGAAGCUGCCCCAGUUGACCUCCUGGCGGCGUUCGACCGGCAGGUUCGGGAACUCGCGGCGGCGCGGUUGCUGUCCACGUGGCGAAGGCUGCCCCAGCUUCUCCGCGCCUAUGGCGGUCCCCGCUACCUUGUCAGAUGUCCGCCACCCCGGAGUCAGCGCACCCAAGGGUUCCCUGAAGAUGAACCAUAAACCCUGUUGAGACCCCACCUGGUCCAGUGCUCCUGCAGCCCCACUCCACAGGUGGGGCGGGGAUGGCAAGGAAGAUGACCUGCAGAAGGGGUUGGAAUAUUCAGAACGUGGCAUUAGCGGCUUCAACAUCACCCCGGCUCCACCAUCCAGAUAAUCAUGGCAUCUUCACACCCACUAGAGUGUCCUGGACGAGCUAUGGAAAGACAGCCACCAUCGGCAACUGAGAGUUGGUCUAAAUGUUGGUUUGUGUGGAAUGAUUCUGUAGAAGGAUUUAGCUUUUAGGGAGGUUCACUAAAGCAAGAACUAGCUGCAGAAAAAUUCCCUCUGCCAGUUGUUUAGAUCUCUACCCCCCCCCC